CGGACCAUUUUUUUUAAAGGACCCAUGCUACAGCUUUCGGUUUGUUGUAUUUGUGAUGGAGGUGAAAAAUGCCAAUGCUGCUAUGCUCAGUAACUAUGAGAUUUUUAAACUGCUGACAGACCUGAAAGAGCAAAGGAAAGACAGUGGGAAGAACAAGCACAGUGCUGGGCAGCAAAACCUCAACACCAUCAUGUAUGAGACAUUGAAAUACCUGUCAAAGACUCCUUGCAGCAGGCAAAGUCCAGAGAUCGUCAAAGACUUUCUUACAACCAUGAUGCCUCAUAAACUUACAAAAGCAGAAAAGCUGCAGCUACUAAACCACCGCCCACAAACAGCAGUGGAAAUUCAGCUCAUGGUUGAAGAGAGUGAAGAACGUCUGUCAGAGGAGCAGAUUGAGGAGCUGAUUCAGACCAUUGCAGAGAUCCUUCCUGGAGACCCAGAACAACAAAACAAAACCACAGCUGAUGUAGAGAUAGAAGAAACUGCAGAAAAUUCAUGACACUAGCAGGGCAAAAGGAAAUCAAACCUUUAGCGUUUGAGCACACUUUGAGGUUUUAUGUUUGUUUUUUUUGUUUUUUGUUUUUUUUUCAUUUUGGAUUUCAACUAUAAAAUAAAGAACAGUCAGCAUUUUGUAAAAAUAAGUCACUUUUCUAUAUUUUAUAAAAAUAAAUAAACUGACAAACUGGUGGGAUAACAUGUUUGCCAUAA